CUUUGCCAUUAAAGGCUCCGUUACGCAGCGGUCGUAGCGGCUCCUCGUAAUGGCGACCGUGCCGUAGACGCGCCGAGGUUUGUGAAAAUGAAGCGAAGGAGAAGUUAUUUCUUUUAAGGAAAAACGCCGAGGUUCCCCAGCGGAGGACUUUGCGUCUCACAUCCACAGCUUUCUAACCGGGUUCAACUCGCGACUCUUUCUAACUUCUACCCCUGAAAUGAUGAAGGUAAAGUCAAACCAAACCCGGACGUACGACGGCGACGGUUUCAAGAAGCGGGCCGCCUGCCUGUGCUUCAGGAGCUGCUCCGAGGAGGAGGUGCUGCUGGUGAGCAGCAGUCGGCACCCCGAUAAGUGGAUCGUCCCCGGAGGGGUGGAGCCGGAGGAGGAGCCCAGCGUCGCGGCCGCCAGAGAAGUGUGUGAAGAGGCGGGUGUCAAGGGCACUCUGGGUCGGCUGGUCGGCGUGUUUGAGAAUCGCGAGAGGAAGCACAGGACCUACGUGUACGUGCUGGUGGUCACGGAGCUGUUGGACGCCUGGGAAGACUCGGUCAACAUUGGGAGGAAGAGGGAAUGGUUCGCCGUGGACGAGGCCAUGCGCGUGCUGCGCCGCCACAAGCCCGUGCAGGCCACCUACUUCCAGGCCCUGCGCGACGGCGACGGCUGCCUGACCAGCAACGGCUCCCCCCUAGUGGGCAGCAUCAGCGGCGAGCUGUCCCCCAGCUACAGCCUGAGUCAGAGCUCCGUGUCGGGGAUUAGAUAACUGUGAGCCCGGCCUGCAGCGCCCUCUCCCUCCCCCCGUUCCUCCACCCCCCCCAGGGGCUCGUUUCUGUCGGGGCCGACG